CUGCCAGUUCUGGACAAUGAGAUAUACCAUGCAAUGAAGCCUGGUCUGUCUGCCUAUAAAGAGAAGCCUGAAGAGGGUGGGAACACGAUCAGAGCGCUGCUGAAGGUGGCCAAGAAGACGGUUCCAGAGGACGAGUGGAAGCAGACCCCGGUGGUCCUGAAAGCCACUGCCGGGCUCCGCCUCCUGCCCGUGGAGAAGGCUAAUGCUCUGCUGGAUGAGGUUCGGGAAGUCUUUGACGAGUCCCCCUUCUUUGUACCAAACAACAGUGUCUCCAUAAUGAAUGGAAUAAAUGAAGGAGUCCUGGCCUGGGUAACAGUGAACUUUCUGACAGGUCACUUGUAUGCCAAGACCAGGAAGACAGUGGGGAUCCUGGAUUUGGGUGGAGGAUCUACCCAGAUCACUUUCCUUCCAAAAUCAAAGAAAACAGUUUUCACCGCCCCAGCCAGUUACAUUGCCAACAUCAACAUGUUCAACCACACUCUACAACUCUACACUCACAGCUACCUUGGAAAUGGACUCGUAGCGGCUCGAUUGGCAACUCUUGGGGCUUUGGGGGCUGAUGGUCUGGAUUGGAAAGUUUUCACAAGCUCCUGUCUACCCAAGAAAUUCAGAGAGGACUGGACUUUUGGGGGAAUCACCUACAAAGUUAGCGGAAUUCCUGACGGCUAUGCAGGUUACAAGCUGUGUUACUAUGAGGUGAUGAGGGUGGUGAAAGGUAUCGUGCACCAGCCGUUCGAGGUGAAGGGCAGCAGCAUCUUCUAUGCUUUCUCCUACUACUUCGACAGAGCUGUGGAGUCAGGCCUCAUUGAUGGCAGUCGCGGUGGCAUGGUAGAAGUUAGGGAUUUCAAGAAGAGAGCCAAAGAAGUGUGCAACAAAAUGACCAAGUACCGUCCCAUCAGUCCCUUCCUCUGCAUGGAUAUGACAUAUAUCACCUGCCUGUUGAAGGAGGGCUUUGGCUUCAAGGACAAUACAAUGCUGCAGCUCGCCAAGAAGGUGAACAACGUUGAGACAAGUUGGGCCUUGGGAGCCACAUUCGAUCACUUUAACAACCUCAACAUCCACUAAGGGCAGCUAGCCUACCUGCCUGCAGGCACAGCCUGUUACUGGGGGCAUCCCCUCUGCCACCGCCCCCUGACUAGCCCCUCCCUCCUGCACAGCCACGCUCCUCCAGCCUACCCCUCCCCUCCCUUCC